AUGUAAGACGCAUACACAUACUAGAUUCUUAAAAAAUGCAAUGGCAAAGUCAUUAUGCAGAUUGAUGAACAGCUUUUAGACAUCAUUAAUGCCCAUCUCACCAUUAAACCUCAAGAAUAAUAAUGUGAGGUACCAUACUCAGUCAAGAAACAACAUAAUUUCCAACGUAGGAUUGUGCCAUUCUUCAUGAACCAAUUUAUGCAUUGGGCUGAAGAAAUGGGAUAUAAACAGGUGGAUGGCUACUUGAGAUCUAUUCACAAGAAGAAGACUUCAAAACAAUAAAAAUUUGAAUUAGGAGACCUUAAAAAACUCUUUGGUGCCAUCAAUCCUAGAACAAAGAUCAUUCAGCUGGAAACACAACACAAAUGGAUAGAAUUCUUAGGAACUUAAGCUGAAGUUUGUGUUCUAAUCAACAACAAAAUUAAAGAUCAAUCUACUAAAUAGAUGUACGUACAAGCUAUUGAGCAAUUGAAAGAAUAGCUGUAGAAGGAAUAGCCGUAUGAUAAAUUUUUGAGUCUCUCAAAAAAAGACGAAGUAAAAGAGGAGUCAAUAAAAGAAGAAUAUACAAGUUGUGAAGUUCCCACUGAUGAGUACGCACCUACUUAUUAUUAAGAUCCAUAUACUUAUUUAAGUUGUGCAUACAAUAACGAAUUUUGAUUUUAUUCUCAUUUAUAUUUAACAAAUUUAUGACAUCAU